UUCAUUUAAUUUAAAUUAUGAGGGUAAAACAACACGAGGUUCUGAAGAUAUUUGAUGUAUAAUUAACUUAUCCUGUGAUUAAGCACCUCUUGACACCAAGAGUUCCGUCGGUGUCAGAUUCCUUUAGUUUGGGGGAACGUAAUUCGGGUUACACAAUAAUCAUUAUGACCUUUUCGUGGAGCUGACAGCAUGGAUGCAGCAAGUCGUCAGUAUUCAGAAUCAGUGUAAUCUACCAAACAAAGCUUUUUGAUUUCAGAACAAGUGCAUAAUGAGGUUCCUAAACACGCAACUCGUGAACGUUCUCCGGAGGCAGUGCAUUACACAGACACCAGUCCUCACGCAGAGGGAGGGGAGCUGGCUGAUGACGCGCUGCCUCAAAACCCUGCUGUUGUCUUCUUCACCGCCUUGCCGUGCUCUGUCCACAGCCCAGCGUUUGAGGAAAGAAGCUUCCCAGCCAAGCACUGACAAACUGGACCUGGACCUCUGGAAAUCAGUGAUGAAGUCUGGAGACGACAGCGCAGUGGUGACACAAGCAGAGGAAAGCGCGGAGGCCUCCCCUCUGGGUGCAAUGCGGGAUCUGGUGGAGAUGUGGCGACAGGCUGGCAAGCUGGUCCCGGAAAACAUGACAGAGGAGGAGCUGCAGACCCUGGAGGAACUGUCUACCAAGUCAUCCAGAAAGAAGUACCUGAAGUACCUUGCCCUCAAAGAGGGCCACAAGAAGGCACGCAAAAAGAAGCAGGAGAAAAAGAAGCAGGAGAGAGCUGAGGAUGCUAAGGGCAGUGGGGAGGAUGAGGAAGAGGACGGGAGCCGCAUGAAGAACACCUUCCUGCUCCAGUUCUGGCAGCGCUCCAUAGACGCCCUCUACAACUGGAGGGCGGCCCAGGCCAUGCAGUUUGGACAGUCCCUGGUGUUCGACAUGAGCUACGACCGCUAUAUGACCCGCAGAGAGAUCGAGAACACAGUCUCCCAGCUCUUGGAGUGCGAAGGCUGGAACCGGAGGGCCCUGGACCCUUUCCACCUCCACUUCUGCAACUUGAAGGUGGAGGCUGCCUAUCACAAGGAACUUAUCAAACGCUACAGCGGGGCCUGGGACAGACUGCUUGUGAGCGCCACAGACCGGCCACACCAGGAAGUGUUUCCCAGGGAAAAGCUGGUCUACCUGACAGCAGACUCGCCCCACGUGCUAAAGACUUUCGACCAUGAUAAGGUCUACAUUGUAGGGGCCAUGGUGGAUAAGUCCAUCCAGACCGGCCUUUCCCUGGCUAAUGCCAAGCGGCUCAAUCUAGCCACUGCCCGGCUCCCAUUGGACGAGUACCUACUCUGGGAUUCGGGGGCCAAAAAUCUGACCCUGGACCAGGUGAUUCGUAUUCUACUGACGAUCAAAGACACUGGGAGCUGGGAGAAGGCUCUGCGCUUUGUUCCCAGUAGGAAACACGAAGGGUUUUACAAGCCGCAGCAAAGUGAACACAAGCACUGGGGGAAAGCGGAGGCUCGCAGGGACAACAGCAGAACACAAGCUGCUUUCGUCAGGCAUCAGGCCUUUAAUCCCAAAAUGCAACAGACACUUCUUAAGGACAGCAGGUCAGGGGAAACUGCCGGCAAAUCCAAGGGGAAAAAGAAUUGGUGGGAAGAGGAAGACUGAACUUAAUAAACUUGCUGAACUGUUGCAUUGCAGAUCAAGAUGUACAUGUUGGCCAAAAUGAUUUGAUGCAUAAAUAAAUGUUAAUUUUAGAGGGCUGAACGAUUUGGAAGUGUGUAUUUCCAUCAAAGGGUAUCCAGGUUUCUGAGAAAUAUGCCUCCUCAUUGAAUCAGUUCACUAUUGAUGAGACUUCACAGGUUUUCCAGGCAAUAACCAGGUUUGUUUUCAUUUGCUAUCAGGACUCCCCUUCCUGGAUUAAGUGUUUUAUUAAAACUCAACAAGGCAAAUGUUGGAAAAUCGUUCCACAGUUUUCAAUAGACUAUAGGCUAACUUAUGUGCACCCUAAGUAGUUUAUUUCCACUUACUCCUUUUAGAAAAACCCAUGCACUAGAACAAAAGUAGCGUAAAACUCUGGGAUAUAAUGUUGACAAUCCAUAAAGAACAAAAUAAAAAAAACUACAGCAUUGAACACCAAAAAAAAACCAUAUAUCCUUGCAUAAAUAAAGAGAUCUUUCUCUUUCCAAGAAAACCUAUUCUGUUCUCUUCUUGGUAAGUGAACUGUUGAUACAUUUCCAUAUGAAGAUUGUGGGUACUUCACAGUGUACCUUUCAGGGAUUGGCUGACCUGUCAGCAUUCUCAGGCAGAAAACCUCCUCGCUAUCUCUGUUGGAACUCAAAAUAGUAGUGGGUUAGCACACUAGAGCUACAUUCCCAUCUGUUGCUAUUUGCUCAAACAAUCUAGACACAUUCUCAAGAGUUAAUUACUUGAAUGUGAUAAUUCAGCCAGUUAUCUAAUCAAACCUACAGAGAUUUCCUUACAGAGCAUACAGAAGGUAUCAAAACGGUACAGAUUGUGUCCCGUCACACACCAGUGUUAUGCCCAUGGCUAACAUUCAAGUUGCUCUAUGAUUAAAGCAAAUUAU